AUGGAGUGGUUCUACACUAAGAGGAGAGGUCCAGAAUGGAAACAAGGGUGGACGGGCCAGACUCUGGCCUCCAUUUCCACCCCACCACUCCAUUUGCUCACCAUUUUUGCCAUUGUCAUUGUCUUGCUUUGGUUUUCUAAAUCCGCGGACUACAAGGCCGAGUUGAAAUACACAGCAAUCAACAUGCAGCUGUUCUUUUUCUUAUUGUCUAUCCUACUGAUAUUCGUCGUGGCUUCAAAUUCAACAAGUUGGAGGUUCAACUUUCCUCUCUUGCGCUCGGAGCAUGAUUCAGUUCAGCGAGCUGGGAGCUCGCCUUUGGGUAUUGCCAUUUUGGUGGUGCUGCUAUUGGUGUUGCUUUCUUUCCAAUCUUCUUUUCAUUCUAAGUGGUUUGGACCUCUUUCGAGGUGA